CGAGGUUCGUUACCAACAGCAGAGACGCGCUCAUAUUUGAAUAGCCGUUGCGCGCUUGCUAGGAUGGCGUCCGAGGCGUUGCGGCAAUUUCGAAGGGACUAGCAAGUUUUGAAAAUUUUCGCAACGACCGAGAUAAUGGCAGAUAAUCAGCAGAGCCGAUUCGAGAAAUCACUCGGGCUGCUGACUACCCGUUUCGUGUCCCUUCUCCAGAAGGCGAAGGAUGGCGUGCUGGAUUUGAAAGUCGCCGCGGAUCUUCUGGAGGUACGACAGAAACGACGUAUUUAUGACAUUACGAAUGUCCUCGAAGGUAUCGGCCUCAUAGAGAAGAAGAGCAAGAACAGUAUCCAAUGGAAGGGUGCUGGACCUGGCUGCAACACUCAGGAGGUUGGCGAGAAGCUGACGGACCUGAAGGAAGAGAUCAGCAAACUGGAGGCUCACGAACAGUUGCUGGAUACUCAUACCCGAUGGAUACAACAGAGUAUAAAGAACAUAGAGGAUGAUACCGUAAAUAGAAAAUAUGCGUACGUUACGUACGAAGAUGUGAAGGAAAACUUUACGGAUGAGUUUGUACUUGGAAUACAAGGCCCUCCAGACACAAAGCUAUCUGUACCAAAUGUUUUGAAGACUGUCAUACAAGAUGAUACAGUGAUAAAUUACAACAUGACCCUGAAAAGUAACAUGGGAGAGGUUAAAGUGUACAUGGUUCAACCCGAACUAGCCAAAACUUAUGAUAAUAAAGUAUUAGAAAUGAGAUUACAAGAAGAAGCAAAAGGUAUAAAGCGCGGAAACGAGGAAGCUGAGAAGAAAGAGGACGAGGUUCCUGUCAAACCAAAGAGAAAAGUUGGCAGACCACCAAGAAAUAGCACUAAACUAGAUCCGGUAUUAACUGAAGACCUAGAUGACGAAGAUGAAGAUUCAGAAUUAAUAGAAGCUAAAAUAGUCUUGCGUGAUGUAUGCACCACAGAUAUUGCCCAAAGAGAUUUGGAGUUUCUCGAUCAAUUUUAUGCUGACUUUUGCGGACCAUUAAUGAGAUUAAGUCCACCUCCUGGAGAAAAAGAUUACCAUUUCAAUCUUAGUGAGAACGAGGGUGUUUGUGAUUUAUUCGACAUUACGACGCAAUAAGUGUCGAAUUGAUGUAGCUUCGAUUUUUUCAAAAUGACUGUGCCAACAGCAUGUAACAGUGAACGAAAAAAUCCGAAAUCAUUUAAGGAGAAUUUGUGCAUAUAAUUUUAGCGAAAUUAAUGAAUCACAAUCAUUGAGAGAGUAUACAAUAUAUUUUUACUAUUAAAAGUAUGAGAAAGUAGUACGAGGCAUCUACAAAAGUAAAUGACCUACUGUGAAGUUAUCUGCAACCUGCUUUGGCCGCUUUAUUUUGUACAUUGCUGAGAGUAAUUUGAAGUUUUAAUGGCAUCUUUUAUUAGAAUCUAUUAGAAAUCCUUGUAGCUUUUAAGUUGGCUCAAUUAAAGCUUGCUUCAUGAAUAUGAUUAGGCGAAAAUAAUUGUUGAAAUUUUUUUGUGAAGGAAAAAUUUGAUGAAUGUAUAUAUACAUAUAAUUAACUAUAUUCAAAUGGAAUAUAGUUCUUUAUGUAUCGCAAUAUUAUGAAACAAGCUUUUGAAUUGGAUUUUUGUAAGAACUUACGUGCACAUGUCCCUGACGUAUUCCACAAAAUACUGUAACAUGAUUAGCAUGAAUGUAUAUUACGUACAUGUAUGCGCAAAUUCAAUGUUUUUUUUUAAAUAUUUUAUGAAUUAUAUGUACUCGAUCUUUACUACUAGAGCAUAUACAUCUGCUUAUAUUUA